CUAUUCACUGCUGGACCUCAAGACGCGGUCGAAUUCAUGCAGUAGCAUUGGCGCAGUGACGUCAUAACGAACGCUAGUGGAAGGACUCGUGAAGGUCGACCGUCACAGUACGUCGUCUCUACGGCAACCUGAGGUAAACAUUCCCUCUCGCUUACCGAGUUGGGCCACAUGGCUGCUCCGGAGAUGGCGCCCCUGAGGAAUGUGUGUUUCGGAAGUUCCCAGGAGCGCAAGCUGUUCCCGUCCCACUGCGCUCCCGAUCGGCUGGGCAACGAGCUGGCGCCCCGGCGGGGGGGCUCGCACCUCGGCCCCGGCUGCUACGACAACCACACCGUGGGCACCAUCGUCUAUGAGCUGGAAAGGAAACCGGAGAGCAGGAAGGGGUACACCCUGGCUGCACGGACUGCCCCCCGCCUCCUGCCCACUGCACAGGCUGUGACUCCCUCACCACAGCAUUACCAGAAAGACUGGACCCGCCCACGCCCCCUCCUGCCCAGUGCUGCGCCCUUCUGCUCUAGCGCGCAAAGAUUCCAGAGUUGGCAUGCCCUGUGCGACUCCCAUCCUGGACCAGGAGCUUAUGCUCAUGAUACUGCUCAGAACAGGAAGGUGUCCUGGCCAAUGAAGUUUGGCUCCCCAGACUGGAAUCAAGUGCCAUCCCUGGAGAAAAGGUCCCUGAGGACAGAGCUUCUCUGUGACAAAGAAUUCCAAAAACGCAGGAAUAGGAUUGCUUACUUCAGCCUGUUCUAUAGCUGAGCCUGUGUGCCUGGGCUGUGGUCAGCACCGUCUGUCACUCGCUCAGAUCACAGAAUGUGGAACAUUAUAUACAUGUGCACAGGGAAGACAGAUCCGGUAUUGCCUUUCCUUUCGCAUUCCCCUCCAGUCUCCUGUGUAAUAUAUUGCCAAUGGACUGACGCCUCCUGAUCAGUCCCACCACACUCUGCAUGCUGAUCAGCUCACAUGAUGUCCAGCCUCCACCUAUGUCUCCAGGCAUCUGCUUCCCUUCUAUUCCCUUCUUAACAUGUCUUAUUUCACAGUUGUUUUUUUGCUUAAAGGGACAAAAUAAAGUUUAGAUUAAUUUGCAUUUGU